UGAGCAAUAACAUCAACAAGACUUCACUGCGCCUGUGCGUUGGUUCGGGAAUCCCCCACAUUAUUUGCAAGGAACAAACUAAAAGUAUGCUUAGAAGAGCAGCUGAGCUCAGUUUACAGCCCAUAAUACAAUCAGGAUUGCUCAUUCCUGGUACUCGAGAUGUACUACCCUGCCUAUUUUCCAUCUCUCCCUGCACUGCUUGCUGGUGAUUACCUGGACCAAUCGUGCUCAUUCAAUCAGAAUGUGGAGACAUGUGCUUGAGCUAAUCAGCAGCUAGCAAGGCUUGGAGAUCUGGAAAACAGUCAGAAUGAGAUCUCGAGGACCAGGAACGGGCAGCUCUGUAUCAAUCAUUUACAGGAAUUAGCAGCUUGUCUUACAUUAGAACCACUAGAGGCGGAGUUUGAUUUGAAACUGAUUUGUUUCACUGUUUUCACAAGUGGAAAAAGACAAAGCUAAAUGAAACCAAAAAGUUUAUUUCUUAGCUGGAGGGAUUUUGAAAAACAAUUUUCAGCAUAAUGGGUGGCAACAAAAUAAGUAAAAUGGAAAAGGUUUACAAUCUGAAGGAUAAAACAUUUAAAUUUGUGGAUAGAGAGGAUGAAUUAGACUUUCUCUGUGAAGAAUUUGCGUCUCCCAGAGCAGAGAUGUCCUGUGGUCAUGCUGUGACUCCCAUGUCUCUCACCAACUGGUGCCGCUUGCUCCUUGAAAAGGGGGAGAGCCAGUUUGUUUGUGGCAUGAGUGGCUGUGAUAAGGAGUGGUCUUAUGAGGAGGUCUGUAAAAUGGCUCUACUGACCCCUGAGGAGAAGGAGUACUUUGUAAAAACUAUGGAAAGCAUCGCUGAAAGAGAAAGCAGGAAAAAUACAAAGUCGUGUCCUGAAUGCAAAGUCCCUGUGACGAGGAAAGAUGAUUCUAACCUGAGAGUGCGUUGCCAAGUUUGCUCAAAAGAGAAAAGAGACUUUGAUUUCUGCUGGCAGUGUCUGAAGGAGUGGAAGGGUCCACAGCCACGCACAGACCACUGUGAUAAUGAUGGCUGCUUCAGCGAGGCUCUCAGAACUCUGUGGAACUGCCCAGAAAUAGUUUUUCAUUCUGUCAAAGACGUCACAGGAUGUCCCUCCAUCAGGGCCUGUCCCACCUGUGGCUCUCUGGUGCAGCACAGUUCAAAAUACUGUAAAAGCAUUGUGUGUCCUCGAUGUAAGGUGAAGUUUUGUUUUGUCUGUUUAAAAAUCAUGACUGAAUGCACAAAAACAAGCAGUCCAUAUUUACCCUGCUCCAGUGGAGUCGCUCCCAGACAGACCUCCAUUCCUGUGUGGCAUCAAAAGUGAUGUGACUUUACAGAACAGUGUAGAGUGUAGAAAGUGUUCAGAAAAUGUUUCCUUACAAAAUGGAUCAAGUUUACAUUAAUGGGGCACAUUUUGGCAUAGAUGGUUUAACCCUUGUGCUAUCUUAGAUGACCCCACCCUUACAUUCACGUGUUCUCCCUACCAUGACAAAGGUGGAUAAAGGUGGAAAGAUUUCAUG